AUGCUACAUCUCGAUCAGAAUCACAGCACCCUGUCCUCCCCUCAUUCGAAGCCUGGUCUGAUUCUGUCGAGUCCACCUCGAACUGAUCAGCACUCCCUUCGUUCUUGGUCAGGCCACGGCGAAAAGCCUUUUGUCCAGGAACAGCAGGAACAGCUCGUGGAACAGGCUCCCACAAAUCCCAUAAAGCCCGACAUACCCGCACCAAACACCGAUACACUUAGCGAACCCUCCGUCUCCACGGGGUUAAACGUCCCAAGAAAUGCCGAAGAUCCCAAAGUGUCGGACCAGUCACCAAGUAGCCCUGCUGAUGCAACAUCCCCUGCGAUUGAGAGCACGUCGUCAUUAACACCUCCGCCAUCCGCAACAUCACCCGCCUUCUCAUCAGUCGACUUACCAGACGGUGAGACAUCAGAACAGCAGAAGGUGGAGGGGUCAGAAGUGGAAGACAAGGCGAAGGCGGAGACCUCUGCUGACGCUGCGGAAAAGCCGUCGCGGGCGUCGACCCCCCUCAGUGAGCUCUCGUCUGCACCUGAGGGAGAUGAACCAGCCGCAGGCGACAAAAAGGACAGCGAGGAGAGGAAACCGGGCGCCGACUCUGGAAAUGCUGCUACUGGGAAGAGCUCGACCGGGGAUGUUUACAAUGGUGGUAAUCAAGUUAACGCAGCUCAUGCGAACUUCAUGGCGGCCAACGAGCAAAUGGGGAUUGAGCACCGGUUGGCACAGGGGUCUGUAUCCAGGGCACAGAGCAUUGCAACUCCAGAACCUGCUGCGAGCAUACCGACUACCGCACCGCCUCGAAAGACAGAUCCUAAGGUUGAUGUCAUGAUUGAGCUGAAUGCUGAACUCUUGAAGGUGUGUAUGGAAUUCCAGGCGCGGGGCAUAGCGUUAGCCGAUCCAAGGGCGCAACAAUAUUCUGUCCGGUUGCAAUCCAAUCUGACUUGGAUGGCUGCAGCUGCGGACGAGCACCGGGUGAAGAGCGUACAUUCCAUGCCAUUACCUCCCUUACAAGCUCCGCCGCCCCUGGACUUCGCCAUACCGUCGGUCGAGCGGAUACAACAGAUCUACGCCGAGCUGCCGACCAUGUUCUCUAAAGAUAUCAUGCGGAGACAAUCUAUCUCUGGCACAGGAGUACUCCAACCGUCUGGCCUUUCAAAUGGCAAUCUCAAGAGAGAGCGCCCCGAUGACCACACGAUCGACCUGGUCAGCGCGCAUAAGAGACGUGACACCGGUGAUUCGAAGGCGUCGACGCCGGUUGCUUCUACACAUUCACGAAAUACCUCAUCUCCCCUUCAACUCCAGUCUGCGGGCUCGCCUGCUGGACAGCCAGGGACGCCAACACAUCCUAUUAGCGCACCUAAUAUGAUGGGAUCCUCGAGUAGCAGUCCGUCAAUGCCACCACCGUCUGUACCCCAUGGCAUGAUGCCGCACAUGAACGAAGCGCAAAUUGCCGCUGCGCGCGCCAGGCAAAUGCAGAUGCGUCAGGCUGCUAUGCAGCAAGGCCUGAGCGACGCGGGUAGACAGAUGUCAGCUGGUGGAUCCCAAGGCGGGAUGGGCAUGUCGAACAUGGCAGGAACGUCAUCGAUGCCCCCUCAACAGCUAGCUGCGCUACAACAGAUGGGUCCUGGUGCUGUACAGUGCUUCCAGAUCCUGCAGAACCCGCAACACCCGCUUGUCCAGUAUAUGAUUCAAAACGCUCCCGGAUUCCAGUCCGCCCCGCUUGUGCAACAAAUACAACAGAUGCAAAGGGUCCAGGCUAUGAUGCAAGCCAAGAGUCAACAGCAGCGAGCAGCCAACGCGCAGGCGGCAUUUCCUCAGGGGGUUGGAGGCCCAGGGAAUAUGGGCGUUCCUAACGGCAGUCCAACGCGGAUGUCUCCUUCUGGACAACAAGCCUCUAUGCAACAACAAGGAGGCUUCCCGUUCCCUGGGAGCGGCGGCAGCGGGACUCCGAAUACCAUCAACUUAACGCCAGCUCAGCAAGCGAACUUGGCUAAUAUGAACUCUCAACAGAGGCAGCUCUUUCUAAUGCACCAACAGCAGAUAAUGCGCGGCAACAACACGCAGAACAAUGCGAUGAUGAAUCAGCAGAUGUUUAAUGCCGCUCAGCAGCAACGGAUGGCAGGGGCGUCACCACACAUUGGUUCACCGAUGCUCGGCGGGCCCGUGGAUGGUGGCAACUUCCCUACAGCGCUUCGCUCCAACCCAGGUGUACCCGGUAUCGCUCGUAGCGCGCGUACACCUUCCGACCACGCGCCCUCGCCCAUGACGCCGCAGAUAUCGCAAGGACGGGGCGGUCAGAUGGACGACUUCCAGCGCGCGAUGAUAGCCCAGCGAAACUUGGCGCAGGCUGGCGGUAUGAACCAGCUAGGUGGCGGCAACAUGAAUCCCGCAUGGCCGCAGUCCCAAGGAAUGGCCGGUCAAGGUAUGCCAGGAGCAAUGUUACCGCAUGGGAGUGCAGGCUUCGGUGGCAUGUCAGGAAGCGGCAGCCCGUCUAUCGGUGGACAACAGCAAUGGAGUCCGAGUAGCGCAGGCGGGCAAUUCUCGUUCAAUACUGGGUCACCGUCUGCGGGCCCUCAAGGCGAUGUCUCGCUCUCCGAUUCGCGCCAGACAUCUGCUACACCUGCACCGCUGAGUAUGGCACAAAAUAGCCCCAUGCCAGGGGGUGACCAAACCGGCCUGAGCGACUUCGAUAUUUUCGACUGGGGACAAUAG